AUGUUCCAGAGAGAAGACAAGGUGAAGAAGACCGUCACCGUCUCCGUCCAGCCUCGAGCCUCCUCCCUCGACUCUUCCUCCGACGGCUCCUCUACUCUCGCUCCCUCGCUGAAAUCACCGAGGAUGGCGCGAUUCGCCGAAGCGACAACCAUCGAGUCCCCCAUCGAGCCGCCCAAGGUUCGAUCGCCCUUUGCCGAGUCCUUGACCACACACUACAUGGCCGAAGCCCAGCCAGCAGAUGUCGGCUUUGGCUACCUCCGCGCGAAACAUGAGUCUGUGGAAAUGCCAAACACACCCAAGAAUGGCCAAUACCCCUCAACACCAAAGUCUCCUCUCAAGAGCCCGCUGAAGAGUGCCAUGAAGACGCCCGGAGCGCCGCCGAAGAAUCUUUCAACCGCCAUCCUGACGCCGGCCUUCCAUGAGGAGUACUUGGAGAAGCGCGAGAAACACACCACGAAGGAACAAGCUCGCGAUGUCAAAAUCAAAGCACGCGUGCGAAUAGCAAAGUUCCUCCUGCGAGGAGUCAACCUUUCCUGCUCGCUCAUCAUCGUCGCCAUGCUGACCACCACUCUCAACAUCUUCCGAUCUACGGUAGACCUACCGCCACGGGGAGGCUUCACCCCUUGGGCGCCAAAGCAAAAGAUAUGGCCGCAGGUCGUGGUGCUUUCUAUUUCCUGCGUCUCUCUGUUCUGCGCCAUCCUCGUGAUGUACGGCUACUGGAAAGGCGGACACAAAAAGGCAUCGUACAUGGGCCGAUACUACACCGCCUUCUUCGUCAUCUUCUUCCUGUCCAGCAUCAUCGUUUGGGCCAUUGGAGCAGGCGUAUUACAGCACUCAAGGACAUCCAAAGACGGCAAAGGCAUGUGGGCAUGGUCAUGCAAGAACAACACCCGCGCCGUCCUCUUCCAAAACUCCGUCUCCUACGGCCUCCUCUGCCGCCUUCAAAACUGGAGUCUCAUCUGCAUCAUCAUCGAGAUCGUCGUCGAGACCAUCUCCAUCCUCGUCUACGGCAUCAUCUUCUACCGCCUCUACUCUAAGCGCUCCCUCCACAAAUCCAUGGCGCAUCGCGAUCGUGCCCGCAGCGACCUCUACCUCUCACAGCUGAAGGCCCAGUCCGCGCCUCCCACGCCGGGCUUCAACAUUCCCUACAGUCCGCGAGAGGGUCCGUUGGCCACUCCAACUACAAUGGAGUACUACCAGCCCGAGCUCGAAGCAGGCCAUAACACGCAGUACGUGAGCGCGGAUCAAAAAUACCAACCCGAGCCUUUCCGUCUCCAACCGCCACCGAUCAAAAUCCAAAACCCGACGCCGAAAAUGGAACAAGUGGGCUUCACACCGCUCCAGACUACAAUUUCCACCCCCGCUGCUGCUGCUGCUCCUACGUCCAUUCCCGCCGCCGCACCGGCUCGCACACCGUCGCCUUACGUGGAAGCACAAUUGUCCCCCUUCAUGCCGCCCGAACAGCCGCAGGAAACGGUGCAAGAACAUUUCGGCGCCGCUCCGGGCGAGCAAGUGUACGAUUUUGUGGCGCCGCCUGGCGCUUACGAGGAUAUGGUGUCGAGUCCCGGGCCGGAGCAGAUGCGUUUCGGCCAUGCGUUUUGA